AUGCUAGAUUGUACUAGAUUUCUCUUGAUGCAAGGAUUGUCAUCUCGUGGUCAUGAUGAAUCGAAAGAGUCUCUUAAUAAAGGAAAUUUGAUUGGGCUACUAAAUUGGUAUGCAACUCGUCGUAAGAAAAUUAAUGAAGUACUAUUUAGUAAUGCUCCUGGAAAUGAUCAAAUGACUUCACCAAGCAUCCAUAAUGAUUUGGUUAAUUGUUGUGCUGUAGAGACAACAAGGUCUAUGAUCUAUGAGAUAGGCGAUUCCUUGUUUUCAAUUUUGGUUGAUGAGUCUUGUGAUAAUUCUAUAAAAGAACAAAUGGUAGUUGUUUUGAGGUUUGUUGAUAAAAGUGGACAAGUGAAGGAGCAUUUGUUGGGCAUUUGCCACAUCGCUGAUACUUGUGCCCAAUCACUCAAGGAUGCCAUUAAUGCAACGUUUUCUACACAUGGGUUGAGCAUAUCUAGUCUGAGAGGUCAAGGUUAUGAUGGAACAAGCAAUAUGUCAGGCGAGUUCAAUGGCUUAAAAGCUUUAAUUUUAAGAGAGAACCCAUGUGCUAUGUAUAUUCAUUUCUUUGCUCACCAGCUUCAGUUGGCAGUUGUUUCUAUGGCACAUAGGAAUGUUAUGCUUAGUGAUUUAUUUAACAUGCUUGCUAUUAUUGUGAAUUUGAGGCUUAAUAUUGAGGAACUUUUUGGUGGAACUAGUCGGUUUCAAGAAAUGAGUUUGGCACGUCCAGACGAUCUUUCACAAGCCUUACAGAAAAAGGACCAGAAUAUUCAGAAUGCUAUGAGAUUAUUGAAGUUGUGUAAGUGCACAUUGCAGAACAUGAGAGACAAUGGUUGGGAUACUUUGUUGAGUAAGGUAAUUCAGUUUUGUGUUGAUAGACAUAUUUCAGUGCCCAAUAUGGAUGAUAUUGUAGUAUCGAAAGGUCGACCUAGGCGUGCAAGUCAGCAGGUGACUUAUUAUCAUUGUUUUUAUGUUGAUUUGUUUUGUUAUGUGAUAGAUUCAAUCUUGCAAGAGUUGAAUGAUCGUUUUCCAGAAACAACUACUGAGCUUUUUACUUGCAUUUCGUGUUUAAGUCCAAGAGAUUCAUUUGCAGCUUUUGAUGUAUGUAAAUUGGUACGACUUGCUCAGUUAUAUCCUAUAGAUUUCAAUAGUGAAGAGCUUUUAUUAAUUAGACCUCAACUUGACAAGUUUCUUAUGCUCGUGAGAAUGGAUGAAGCUUUCUUCAACCUCAAAAGUAUAUCUUGUGUAGCUCAGAAGUUGGUUGAAACUGGAAGUUCUUGUUAUUUUCCAUGGGUUUAUAGGCUGAUCACAUUAGUUUUGAUAUUACCUGUGGCAACUGCAAGUGUUGAAAGGGUAUUCUCUGCUAUGAAUCUAAUCAAGAAUGAUCUGCGCAACAAAAUGGGAGAAGAAUUGUUGAAUGACAAUUUGGUAGUUUACAUGGAGAGAGAUCUUUUUAUGAAACUUGAGAAUGAGACAAUAUUGCAACGUUUUCAAAAUAUUCGACCUCGUAGAAUUCAGUUGUCUAAGCUUACAAUUUCAGAGUAA